AAGCCGCGCCUGGCGAUAGUGAAUCCCAAGAUUUAGUGCGCGUAAUUUGAGUUUAUUUCGGAGUGCCGGCGUAUCAACCGUCAUAGUCUAUCAGAGUAUCAAAUAACUCCCCUGUUAAAGACUAACGAAAAAAAGAUCGAAGGGAAACGGAGAGAAAUGGGAAUAAUGGCGAACACUCUCGGUAUCUCCCCUCUCCCAAUACUUCCUCGGUCCUCAAAGCUCACCCUUUUCCGUCCUCUGUCUUCUUCAACCCCUUUCAAGAGAGUGGCAGUGCCGCCCCUCAAAUGUUCUUCCUCUCCCAACACCAAUCCAGACACUGAAACUUCUUCUCUCAGAAGCAUUUCGCCAUACACCUGGUGUGCGGCACUCGGAUCCCUUGGAUUCCUCGAAACCGGAUACCUCACCUAUAUCAAACUCACCAAUUCCGAUGCUUUCUGCCCGGUUGGCGGUGGCACCUGCAGUGACGUUCUCAACAGUGCCUAUGCUGUUAUUUCCGGUGUUCCACUUCCAUUAAUUGGCAUGGUUGCAUAUGGGUUGGUUGCAUCUCUUGGUCUGCAACUGGCUGGAAAGAAUUUGCCUUUUGGACUUAGUGAAACUAAUGGUCGCUUGGUUUUACUCGGGAGCACUGCUACAAUGGCAACAGCUAGUGCUUAUUUCAUGUACCUUUUAAGCACAAAGUUAGCAGGGGCAUCAUGUUCGUACUGUUUGAUUUCAGCUUUUCUGUCUUUCUGCUUAUUCUUCAUCACUCUGAAGGUUUUUGGGUUGCAAGAGAUACAAAAAGAGGUUGGUCUACUCGUAUUUAUAUCUUCCAUAGUGGUGGUUACUUUAAGCAGUUCAUACAGUACUGCUCAACCUGAGGUGACCAAAUUGGCUAGCAUUGACUUGGAACCUUUUGAAACUGAGGUAACAACAAAAUCAAGUCCAUUGGCUAUUUCUCUGGCAAAACACCUGCGUUCGAUUGGAGCUAAGAUUUAUGGAGCUUUCUGGUGUUCUCACUGCUUAGAACAGAAACAGAUGUUUGGUGAUGAAGGCGCAAAGAUUUUGGAUUAUGUAGAGUGCUUCCCUGAUGGAAUUGGGAAAGGGAAAAAAAUGGCCAAUGCAUGUGAAGUUGUGGGAAUUGAAGGAUUCCCAACAUGGGUGAUAAAGGAUAAGGUUUUGAGUGGAGAGAAAACAUUCUCGGAGCUUGCUGAAGCAUCUGGUUUUGUUCUUGAAGAUUUCCAUCCUGCCUGAUGCACCCGGCUGCUUCAGUUUGAGAGAAAGGGUAUGUCGUUGCCUAAAAAAGAUAAACUAGGCUAAGCUACAGAUGCCAAGCAUGGGAUUUUAUAGAUAUUUCUCCAGAAGCAUAUGGUCAUAUUCUCCAACUCGCCCAUGUGUAUACCAUUUAACUUAUGAGAAUACGUUUCACCAUGGAAAUUAAAUUGUAUGAGAAUAGAAGAUCUUUAUUCUGUGAAAUCACAUCUCUAAGGGCUUAUUUAGGCAAGGCACCUGACUCACCAGGGCUUUGCUAUAGUUGCUGCGGUUCCAUUG